UUUUUUUUAAACGUUCCCCCUCCAGUGUUCUGGGCACAUGUCUUAAGAACAAAAGAUCUGUCAAAUAAACUAAUAACAAAUGAUAUGAUAUCCCCCCCUUCCCCCAUAGCUUAUCAGGUGUAAUAAAUCUCUCUCACCCCUUGAACCCAGGUAUUCUCUACAUACCCCUUUCGUGUCUUAAAAGCCUGGGAAAAUAAGUCUUGCAGUGUGCUUCUAAGGACAACAGUCUUGGUCUCUGUGUUGGACCAAGGAAGGAAGUAGGUUCCAAAAUGAAAGAACCUUUCCUGAAAACAUCCUGAGAGCCUAUUGCAGCUAAACCAAGGGCCUCUCAGCUUUGUAUGUUUAUGAUAUCAACAGUAGUGUUGCUACAUCAAGAGAGAAGCAGUCCUUCAUUUUAGCAAGAAGAUGAUGAAGAUCCUUGAUUCCAGUUUGCUUCUCCAUUUCCCACAGGUCUUCAGAGGCCUGAAGCAAAAGGAGCUUGUAUGGGAAGUGGAGUUUCCUCAGAAACAAGGCAACUGAACAUCUCAGAAGGUUGGUAAUAGGAUCUAUUCUAGACCCUUUCACUUCAAGAAAGCCUAGAGCUGCAGUGAAGAAAAUUUAUUUCUACAUGGUAGCUAAUCAGUGGCCGAGGUAGAGUGAAUAUGGUGGGUUCAUUUUAGUUCACAUGGACAAAUGACCAUAUAAAAGUAGGCUAGGAAGGAUUAGAUUUUUGAGUGUCAAUAAACAUUGAUUUUGCCAGACACCCACAAACCAACGAAAAAAUAUUUCUAUCAAUGAUAAAUAUUUAGAGAGAGGCAAAAUGAGAAAAAUGCUGUUUGAAUGCUUCAUAAAGGCUGUCUUUAAAUAAUUGGCACCCCUACAAUAUCCUGCAACUGUUAAAAUAUAAAUCAAUUUAAAAUGGGGGAAAAUGCAGAACAUCCAAAAUUGCAUGCCACUGUGGAAAAUGUACAUUGAUAAAUAUAAAAAUCCUUAAAAAUAAACAUUGAUAUUCAUCAAAAUCGUAAAAUAAUAAUCCAAUUCUGCUAAUCCUACAUCAAAACCAUCAUUGCUCAUUGGCACUCUAGUUAACAGUCUUGUCAGAGGGCCAGGGCCUGAAUGGGCUGGGAGCCUGAACUAUUUUUUCCCUUUAUGUUUCGAUCCCGGAACAUAUUUUCUUCCCUCCUGAUUGGUUGUGUUCUCCUAUCCUUCCUCUCACUUCCUUUGUUGCAACUUCAUUCUUGUAGUCCUUCACCCAUUCCAUCUACCUUGUCAUCCCUUCCAACUCUACGUUGCCCUUCUUUUUCCCAUGCCCAUUGUUCUAUUAACUCAUCUCCCCUCUUUUCCCUCUCUGCAUCUGAUCUCCCACUAUGUAAUUACAUUUCUUCUUUUUAAUGUGGAACUAACAUGAUAGUUGCCAUCCAUCAUGCUGAUCACUCUGAUUACAUGUUGCAUCCUCCCCCCUUCUCUCUCUCACCUCCUUUCGUCUGUGUAUAGUGUAAGCUUUUGGGGACAGAGACUAUAUUUUAUUGUAUGUACAGUGUCUAGAGACAAUGGGGCCCUGGUACCAAUGUGAGGCGUUUGGGUACCAGUGAAAUAUGAAUGAUGUACUCCCAUCUGUAUAGGUAGUCUCUCAAGGAGUCAAGAAUACAGUGGAGAAGCUGACACUGCCUUUGCUUAUACUGUAGGCACUUUGUGGCUAAGAGGAUUUUCAUUCUCCCAGGACUGUCCAUCGACCACCUUUUACAAGCACUACAUUUCACAUGCACUAUAAAAAGAAACCAAGAAAAUGUAUGAUGACUGAGAGGUUGUGAUUGUUUCUCUUGUGGCGUCUGUGUGGAAAGUGCCACACACACUACAGAACAACAACGGCUUUUGCUUGCAUUUUCCAGUGUUGUUUUUGUCAGCGAGUUCAGCAAAGUUGUAAUUCUUCAAGUUCCAGCCCUGAGCUGAGUGAGGAGCCACCAGCAGAGAUGGUAAAAAUGACAAAAUCAAAAACGUUCCAGGCUUACCUGCCAAACUGUCACCGAACCUACAGCUGUAUCCACUGCAGAGCCCACCUAGCCAAUCAUGAUGAAUUGAUUUCCAAGUCUUUUCAGGGAAGCCAGGGAAGAGCCUACCUCUUUAAUUCUGUGGUAAAUGUGGGCUGUGGUCCAGCAGAGGAGAGAGUUCUUUUGACAGGUUUACAUGCUGUAGCAGAUAUCUAUUGUGAAAACUGUAAAACCACUCUUGGAUGGAAAUAUGAACAUGCUUUUGAGAGCAGUCAAAAAUACAAAGAAGGAAAAUUUAUCAUUGAACUUGCCCAUAUGAUCAAAGACAAUGGCUGGGAGUAAAUUAAAAGCAUUUUUUCACUCUGUUUGGACAAUAUUCUGUGGAACAUGCUUUAUAAAGACUAAUGCAACUGAAAGAAGGAUUUUGGCUGAGGUAGCUCUGAGAAUAUCACUGAACUUUGCAACCUCACAGAUGACUAGUGUAGUUUAUGUGGCUCGUUCAGGCCAUGUUUGCCUUUUUCUCCUUGUGUAAGUUCCCUCUUUUGUAUAUGUAUUCUUGAGUGAACAGUUGUUUUGGAACAUUUUGGAUGACCUUUUUCUAAAUUCUCAAGUUCUAGAGAAACAGUUCACUAACUGCAAAUGAAUUUUACUGGUUAGCAUUUUUAUUUGACCUAUGCCUUUAAUGCUACCUUUUGCUGUGCAUGCUUCUUGCCUAAACACCUACACCAAAUCUAGCAGAAGACUGAUAUGAGUAGUCCUGAAGAAUGUAUGGGCUGGGGGUGUCUUUUUAUAUGUAGCAAUUUCUGAUAUCUCUGGCAGUGAAAGGGAUGCGGUAUUAGAGUAUUCAUUAAUUGCUUUUUAAAAUUUGGGAGUACCAUAAUCUAUGUACAUCUUGCAGGCAAGUAAGUUAAAGGUACAGUGCUCAUUUAGAAAUCUUUUGGUUGCACUGACUCAUAUAUAAGUAGAUCUUAAGUUUUGCAGAAAAGAAUACAUUAAUGAUUCAGUAUUUUUAGUGCAACUAAUUUUCAAGAAUACUAAGGCAGUGAUACUGUAGAAUAUAGUUAAUCAACAUAAUUGCAUUCCUUAUCCAGCAAACUUGUGUCUUGAAAGGAGAAGUUGAUAAAAUUACAGCCUGCAAGAUCAAAGGGCACAGAAAUAUAUGGAUCUUGUAUUUAUAAAAAUUAGUCAGUAAACAAGUUUUUGGUACUGUGCCUUUUAACAGUAACAGGGACUUGUGCAUCAGUGAAGUUUUAUGGCUGGUUCCAUGUAGCUGUGUAGUCUAAUGCACUGGACAAAGAGGUUGUUAUAAAGAAAAUUCAUUGAAGUAUUCUGCUUUUGCUACACUUUAUAACAAAAAUAUACUUAUUUUUGUGUGACAACAGGCCAAAGCUUAUGAGAUGGAAAUUAGUAACAGUACCUGAAGAAGAGUGGGGGUUGGUGGAUGGGCAGGAAAGUGUGACGUUGACUUCAUUUCUUCAUAAAAUAGAAUAGCAAGAUAAUUUUUAAAACAAAAAUAAAAUAAAAAGGGGUUUGUUGGUUUGCUGGAUAAAUCAUCCCCAAAGACAUUUUCAUAAUAAAAUUUAUAUAAAGCUCACAUCCUUUCUGUUUUUUGCUUUUUUCCAGCUGCUUCUUAACUGGAGUGACUUAUUAAGAAAGCCUUCUGUGGAUGUGUAUCCACAAAAUUUACUAUUGGGUUUUGUGCAUGCACUUUCAGAGAGGUUUAAAAAAAACUAAUCUUGUGUCUUGAUGGAAUGAACAAUAUGAAACCCUUACAAUAGAAUAGAAGUUAGUUUCCUUUUAAUAACUAUUUUAACAUGGCAUUUGUGAAGGUUGCAAUGUGUGCCAUUGCUGCUGCUGUUACAUUUUAGAUAACUCUCUGUGACAGGUUUUCAAAACUCUACUGCACUUUAUUACCAGACAUCAUUCAUUUACAAGCAUGCCAAUGACUAGGAGUAAUACAGAAGCUCUAUAUCAGGAGCUGUGAUAAUGAACCUACAGAACUUAAAUUUUAAACAGUAGAAAUAGUAAAAACCCUUGGGCUUAAGUCCAAAGAACUGGUCUAGUACAGCUGGGUCCAAUAUGGAUUUUGUGGGGUGGCUUAUACCGCUCAUCCAUAAUCAAGAAUUAGAUUGAACCCAGGAGUCCCCUUUAUCUGAAGGUCACUGGCACAAGAUGGUCAUCUGGUGCUGCCAUCUGUUCAGUCUGAAAGAACCUGGAAUACUGUUUUGUUUGGGCUAUUUUUCAGUUUUCCUCUAGUAUAAUGUCCAUUGCCAGCAAUGAAAGCACUGAAACAGCUAUCAACAAGGAGUUUGUGUUGGCUUCAAAGACUAAGUGUAACACCCAUGAAGAUGUCUGUAGGAUAUUUAUAUUUUCUUUGUCUGGCUACAGACUCAAGAAGAAUUACACUGAGUUGAAGAGAAAAACACCGCAACCCUUCACUAUAAAAAUGAGAGUACAAAUUUAAGGUUAAUUUUUUUUCUUUUUACGAGACAGAACAAUCUGUAGUCAUAUUUUAAAUAGUGGAUUUGGAUGUUUCCUAUUAAUAAGCUUUUUAAAAAAAAAACCAAAAGAACUAGAAAAGAUAUUCUUAUUUAGAUACUCAACCUCUUUUUUCAGUGCAUUAUUUAUUUGUAUUUCAAACUGGACAUUUUCACCAAAACCUUAAUUACCCUUGAUGCCAAAGGUUGGGAUUUCAUUAAGUGCUUAGCACCUAAAAUUUCAAUUACUGGCAUAAGGAGUUAAUGUGAGUUAUGUAUAAUGUUAUGGCUUUUAAGAGAACCAAAUGAAGCAAUAUUCUUAUUAGUCUUUUGAGGGGGAGUAAGAGAGAGUAGAGAAGGAGCUAUAACUAAUACAAAAUUCCUACUGCACACUACUAUGUAAUAAUUUUUUAUGCUUGCUAUGAUAGCUGGGAGCAUGUGAACCUUUUCUUUCUUAUUGCUUGACCUGAGCAGUGAUUCUUUGAAACAGUUCUCCCAUGGUAAAGAAGUGGAGAGUUAUGCUUAAUGGUUUUGGUGAAAGUUGGUUCCAGGUCUUAGUGGCUGCUGGUUGAUGUGAAGAGGUCAGUCUGGUCACUGAACCUUCCAGCAGUACAUUAAAAAGAAAAACUUACUUGAAGAGAAUUCUACAAAGCAUUUUCCCUCUAACUUUUUUGUGUGUGUAAUAUAUUAAGAUUAUAUUUAAAGGUUUUGUGUGUUCAUUCUGGGCAAGUUUACUUCCUCUCCCACUUGAGCACUUUUGUUACUUGUACUGGUUAUUUUUAUUGUUGGUCUUUAACAUUUAUUUUGUUUUGUUUUGUUUUUUUUAUAAACUGUAACAAAAAGCUUUUGUGAACUCUUGUUUCAUGCUAGCUCUUUCUUGGACCAAAUGAACCAACUACGAGCUGGCUUCUUGGAAAGAAUGUUCAUUGGGAUACAUAAGAAUGUGCUAGCAAAAAAUAUACAUGUAUUGAAAGGAUUUUCUUUUGAACCCAUAAAAGCUAUGGCUGUUUUAAUAUAAUUAAGCAUCAUAAUUUGACAUGAUUUUGGAAUCUGGUGACACAUUCUUCAUUGUCUAGGCCCUGAAGAGUGGCUGUAACACUGGUAUUACAAUAUUGAGAGUCUGCUUCAAAUGCCAAUAUUCUUUCUUUGGUUUAUAACUAUGGACAUCCUUUUGACCAACGAAAGGCAAUACUAUCAUUUACAAAAUGUUAAGCUGCAAAAUUUCCAGUCAACUCUGACAGAAUUAGGGAGGGCUUCCUGAUACACCGGCCUUACUACUUUUGCUGUUUUGGAUUUUAUUUCUUUCUUUCACUGUGUUGCCAUUUUAAUAUACAGUAUUUUAUUACCCUCUUAACCAUCCAUGACCUCUUCUGACUUGUUUCUGCCUGUUGGUAAAAGGGGCUGGAAUAUGUGAACUUUUUCAUUAUCUACAAACUAUAUAAUGAUGUAGGUUGAAUUGUAACAGUACUAAUGUAACAGUACAAAUAAAGUCCUGAUGCCCUACUGCAAACUAAAUAUUUGGCAAGUUUAAAAAUAAUCAGCAGCCUCUCUGUAACUGGCUUAAUUUUCAUGCAUCUAAACUUAUAGCAGCUUGUGGAAGACAUGAUUUGAAAUUAAUUUGAUUUCAAGCGAACGAUCCCUCAAAAUAACAAACAGAAGCAAUUAACCCCUUGAUUAUGGAAAUAGUAAUAUAUCCCUAUUGCUCCCUAAUGUAAACUACAUUUGUGCUAACAUAGGGUGCUCGGUACCAUUUCCAAUGGACUUGAAAAUUUUCCUUUAUAUAUUGCUCUCAAAAAAAAUUUUCAGAUAAGAGGAUCAUAUAAUCAGAUUGCAAGACCUGUAUCUAGAUUGAGAUACCACAGCGCCACAAAGAGAGACAAAUUUUAACAUCCCACUUGUAUGAUAAUGGGACAAGACUGGAAGGAAGCCGUCAAAUUAUUGUUAAACUUGUAGGAUAUUGUAUUGUACUUCAUUUAGCACUCGUGUAAGCCAAUCAGCAGUAUCUAUUGUAAAGGAACAGGAAUCUCAGAGGUAAUUUUGAAAAGGACUGUUACAAAUCAUUUAAGGCCUAAAGCAUGAGUCAUAAAUGGCAACUGAGUUGUGCCUCAUAUUGUUUCUUAAACACUUUAAAAUGCUUUCUUUUACAGAUGACAUGGCUGCUUUGCUGUUUUGUCCUAGCAAUACUGUAUAUCAUUUGUUGUUUCACUAUAUUGUAUCUGAGGUAUCACAAUAAAAGUUUCAAUGGUUUUGUUGAA